GCGCGCUGUGCGCUCAGCUGAAGACGGAGCGCUCCUCAGCACACACUAACAUCCACACAGUCCUACUGACAGGCUGCAUCAUCCUCCCUGUGUGGAAAAGGAAAUGGAGUUCAAAUAAGUGCGCUACUAUUUAAUGGACUGAUUGCAGUGACUGUCGCUUCGGAUUUUUCAACUUCACGCCCAGACACUCAGAAGAGAAGAUGUGGAGAUACACGAACUUGUUCGCCUGCCUGCUGCUUUUGUGUAAGGAUGCGUCUUCACAGAGCAAGAUCUUUGGGGAGACUGAGCCAGUCCGGAUGACGUCAGAGGGCUCAGACUGCCGCUGUAAGUGCAUCAUGCGCCCUCUGUCCAAGGAUGCUUGCCUGCGUCUGCGGACCGGGAGUGUACGCGUGGAGGACUUCUACACGGUAGAGACAGUCAGCUCUGGGUCCGACUGCAAGUGCUCGUGCACGGCCCCGCCGUCCUCCCUGAACCCCUGUGAGAAUGAGUGGAAGAUGGAGAAGCUGAAGAAACAGGCCCCCGAGCUACUGAAGCUUCAAUCUAUGGUGGACCUCCUGGAGGGAACACUGUACAGCAUGGAUCUAAUGAAGGUCCACUCCUACAUCAACAAAGUGAUGUCUCAAAUGAACACUCUGGAAGAGACAAUCAAGACGAACCUUACGCGAGAGAAUGACUUUGUUCGAGACAGCAUGACGAGCCUCACCAACCAGUUCAAGAGAUAUGAGAACUACUCCAACGUUAUGAUGAGCAUCAAGAAGGAGAUCUCCAGCCUCAGCCAGCAGCUGCUGCAGAAAGACUCUUCUGAGAGAAAAGCACAGGACACCAAUGGUGAGAAAACAAAAGAGACUGUAAAAGUACCCAACAAAAAGACCCCUGCAGCCAAACUCUCGCCCAAACCGCCCAAAGAAAAGGUCGUAAAGCCCAAGAAGGAGGUCAUUAAGCCUGGAAAGCCGGCCAAGCCUGACCCUACAGCCAAAGCCAAGGUGGUUGGCCACCAGCCCGGCGUGGUGAGGGGCAUCACAUACUACAAGGCUGCCAAGACCGAUGAGGAUGAGCACAGAGGAGACCAUGUCAGAACGUACACAGUCCAUCACAUCACGGAAAACCAGUCAGAGGAUGGAGGAGCUGAAAUGGUCCUGGAAACCAUGGAGGCCACCGUGGCUGAACCCACAACCACCACUGCUGUUCCCACCACUACCACCACCACGACCACAGCCAUCUCAACUAGCACCACUACUACACUAUCCACUCCCACUACACAAAAUACACCAGAAUCUGAUAGACCAGCUCCGACCAUUUUGCUGAUGCUGGACAACUCCAACAACAACAGUCGGCCCACUCUUCACAGAGCAGGGAAGAUCCUAAACUGUGAAGGGACUCUAGCAUCCAUUGACCAGCCAGAGAAGCAGCACAGCUAUGGGCGCAACGAGGGAGCCUGGAUGAAGGAUCCCCUGGCUAAAGACUCCAAGAUCUAUGUCACUAACUAUUACUAUGGCAACAACUUGGUGGAGUUCCGCAACCUGGACAACUUCAAGCAAGGACGAUGGAGCAACCUCUUCAAACUGCCUUACAACUGGAUAGGCACAGGCCACGUGGUUUAUAAUGGAGCUUUCUACUACAACAGAGCCUUCACCAAGAACAUCAUCAAGUAUGAUCUGAGGAUGCGAUAUGUGGCGGCCUGGACACUGCUGCAUGACGUGGUUUACGAGGACACCACCCCCUGGAAAUGGAGGGGCCACUCGGACAUUGACUUUGCAGUGGACGAAAGCGGCCUGUGGGUGAUCUACCCUUCCACGGACUAUGACUACAACCAGCAGGAGGUGAUCGUCAUCAGUAAACUGGAUCCUGGAGACCUGUCGUUGAAAAAGGAAACAACUUGGAGGACAGGUCUCAAGCGGAACUCCUACGGAAACUGCUUCAUCAUCUGUGGUGUCUUGUAUGCCGUCAAUGUGUACAACCAAAAGGAAGGUGAGGUGAACUUUGCUUACGACACCCACACCAACACUGAAGCCAUCCCACGCUUGCCCUUCACCAAUGAGUACUCCUUCACCACCCAGAUUGACUACAACCCCAAGGAGAAGGUUUUGUAUGCCUGGGACAAUGGCCAUCAGCUCACUUAUCAGGUCAACUUUGUCGACCAGUGAGCUCAGCUAGUUUGUGCUGCAGCUCACUGUAGGCCUGCCAGUGUGACACCUCAAUAAAGAGAUGCAGCCAUAUUGGACUCAGGGGAAAGGAUGAACCUACACAAGCCUUCCACUACGAAUGCACGCUAUUCAAACACCUGACCUCACAGUGUACCAAACAUUCAUCAUGCCUCGAGAUGUGACUCUACAAUACAUCAAUAGAAUGGACAACCAUCAGUGAAAGCAAUCUCACAGGUUGAGUGAAAGCUCAUCGGGCAGGUCUUAGAAAAGCAUAGAGACUACUUUGUAUGUUCAUUGAUGACAUGUCAGCACACAGACAGAUAGCUGUACAAGGAUAGUUUAAAAUAGGCAGAUCCUGCUAACACAUAACGGUGGAUUUUGUAUCCAAUAACUCUUUAAUGUACAUUUGGGCACCUGAGUGAUGUAUUGAAGUAACAUGUCAGAACUACUCCUAACGAACGACUCUAAUACAUGAUUUGAUAUGCCACUUACAGGUGUGAUUCGGCUUUAAUAGUGAAAAGUGUCAUAAUAAUGGCACGGCCGUAAUAAUCUGCAUGAAUGUGAUAGACGUUUUAAGUCAGCUGAUAAGGAACUGAUGAAUGAGCCAGUGACAGAGAAGCAUUAAUGAAACACCUGAUGCUGAUCCGCUGCGACUUCAGUUUUCUAGCUGUAGUGUAGCGUAAAAAAUGUGCAUUUACCUUCAGUAUUACCUUCAGCCACGUUCGCUGUCACUUAGUUUUAAGUUUUGAGUUUUAAGUUAAGAUAACCUGAUUAACUAGCUGGCCUUUUAGGUAAUGUACCAUGGCUAGAUUUAGCAACCAUCAUCAAUGUUUGACCCUGUGUUUUCCUUUUUACCUUUUAAGUGACCUAUAAAUAUUUCUACAUAGCUGGUGUUAUUUGGCUCCACCCUCCAAUAUUUAACUCAACCAAUGAGAUGUUUUCUGCCUCCACAGCAGUUCUCCUUGUGAGAAAUGUUUGUAAAACUAAACUAUUAGCUGUUGCCUAUCUACUCCAUCCUAUCACCAAGCACUUUGAUCACGAAUCUGCUUUCAUCGUUCCGCCUCAUGAUGCUUCCUGUCUCCUUACCAUCGAUGUUGUUAAAUAUAGUAUGAACUCCAAAAACAAAACCGUGUACACAAGUUUUUUUAUAUAUAUUUACAUGAAUUAAUUUGACAAUAUGAUACAACCUUUUCUUUCUAAUUUCCAUGCAUCUUGUUGAACUUCUAUGUUGUUAAUAUCAUUAGCAUAAACACUAUAUUUGUUGUAAGUAUUGAGUAUUUGAACAUGUUGACACAAAAGGUGCACAGUAGCAUUAGCUGUGCCAUCUUCAAUAAUGGACACCAUAAACCACCAAUGUUUUUGUUUUUGACAAUGACUUACAAUACUGUGUGAGGCCAACACGUUCUCACUCUCAGCUCGUCAUGUCUCUAUUUCCCCUCGUCACAUAUAUACACUAGAAUACAGACAGGAAACAACUUGCUUAGGUUAAGGCAACAAAACGUCAUAGUUUGGAUUAAAAUAAGUGGAUAAUUAGGCAGGCUAUAUCCACGUAGAGCGCCUUUGUUUGACGCGUAGGCCCAUUGACCAAACUGCCAUAUUUGACGAGUUGGGGGUGAAACGGGCUGAUGAGGCACAUAAUUGGAAUGGUAAGCUUUAAUACACAUGAGGUAACUCUUACAGCACUUUAUAGUGUUGUUCUGGUCUUGUACAGCAUUAAUGAUUCACAACCACAUUAUCGUGUUUCGUAAGUCUAUUCAUAAAAAGGCAUGCUGAUUGCAAUAAAGUCAUUUGUUCAAUUGCAAGAUCUUUAUGCAUAAAUAAUAAUGUCAUAAAAUGUAACACACCACUUGAAGCUAACUGUGUGUGUGUCUGUGCUAUGAGAAGAAAAUGAUUUGAUGAAAGUCUGUUGUGAGCCGUACAGUAAGCCAAUCCGCAGUGAGCCUGUGAAUGCCAUGGGAUAGCAGGACUUGCCUUGACCACU